GGGGGCGGGCUCGCGGGAAGGACUUCCGGCCGGAUCACAUGACAGAGCUGGGGGUUGCGGAGGCGGCCGUCAAGGGAAAGGCGGAGGCUGCUGCGGGCUUCUCGGACGGGCCAGGAUGCCGACCACACAGCAGUCUCCUCAAGAUGAGCAAGAGAAGCUCCUGGAUGAAGCCAUUCAGGCUGUCAAGGUCCAGUCUUUCCAGAUGAAGCGUUGUUUGGACAAAAACAAACUAAUGGACGCCCUGAAGCACGCCUCCAACAUGCUAGGCGAGCUACGGACUUCAAUGCUGUCUCCAAAGAGCUACUAUGAACUCUAUAUGGCUAUUUCUGAUGAGCUGCAUUACCUGGAGGUAUAUCUGACGGAUGAAUUUGCCAAGGGAAGGAAAGUGGCAGAUCUCUAUGAACUGGUGCAGUAUGCCGGAAACAUUAUCCCACGGCUCUAUUUACUCAUAACAGUAGGGGUUGUCUAUGUGAAGUCCUUCCCUCAGUCCAGGAAGGACAUCUUGAAGGACUUGGUGGAAAUGUGUCGUGGUGUCCAGCAUCCUCUGAGGGGCUUGUUUCUUCGCAACUACCUUCUGCAGUGCACACGGAAUAUCUUGCCUGAUGACGGAGAGCCGACAGAUGAAGAAACCACUGGAGACAUCAGCGACUCCAUGGACUUUGUGCUGCUGAACUUUGCCGAGAUGAAUAAGCUCUGGGUGCGAAUGCAGCACCAGGGCCACAGUCGGGACCGAGAGAAGCGGGAGCGGGAGCGGCAGGAGCUGCGAAUCCUCGUGGGCACCAACCUGGUCCGUCUCAGUCAGCUGGAAGGCGUCAACGUAGAGCGAUACAAACAGAUUGUCUUGCCUGGCAUCCUGGAGCAGGUGGUAAACUGCAGGGAUGCACUAGCUCAAGAAUACCUCAUGGAGUGUAUCAUACAGGUUUUCCCAGAUGAAUUCCACCUCCAGACCUUGAAUCCUUUUUUGCGAGCUUGCGCCGAGUUGCAUCAAAACGUGAAUGUGAAAAAUAUCAUUAUUGCAUUGAUCGACAGGCUUGCUCUCUUUGCUCACCGAGAGGAUGGGCCAGGAAUCCCUGCUGAUAUUAAGCUCUUUGACAUCUUCUCCCAGCAGGUGGCUACUGUCAUACAGUCCAGGCAAGACAUGCCUUCGGAGGACGUGGUGUCACUGCAGGUCUCCCUCAUUAACCUGGCCAUGAAGUGCUAUCCAGAUCGCGUGGACUAUGUUGACAAAGUAUUGGAGACGACGGUGGAAAUCUUUAACAAGCUGAACCUUGAGCACAUCGCUACGAGCAGCGCCGUUUCAAAGGAGUUGACGCGGCUCUUGAAGAUCCCCGUUGAUACCUACAACAAUGUCCUCACCGUCUUGAAGCUGAAACAUUUCCACCCGCUCUUUGAGUACUUCGACUACGAGUCCCGGAAGAGCAUGAGCUGUUACGUGCUGAGUAAUGUGCUGGAUUAUAACACAGAAAUUGUCUCCCAGGACCAGGUGGAUGCCAUCAUGAAUCUGGUGUCAACGCUGAUCCAGGACCAGCCCGAUCAGCCGGCUGAGGACCCAGACCCUGAGGAUUUUGCUGACGAGCAGGGUCUUGUGGGAAGGUUUAUUCAUCUCCUCUGUUCCGAUGAUCCCGAUCAACAGUACCUGAUUUUGAACACGGCCCGGAAACACUUUGGUGCGGGCGGAAACCAGCGCAUCCGUUUCACGUUGCCCCCGCUGGUCUUCGCGGCGUACCAGCUUGCCUUCCGCUAUAAGGAGAACGCCAAAGUGGAUGACAAAUGGGAAAAGAAAUGCCAGAAGAUCUUCUCAUUCGCUCACCAGACAAUCAGUGCUCUAAUCAAAGCUGAGCUGGCUGAGCUUCCCCUGCGGCUGUUCCUCCAAGGAGCUCUGGCCGCUGGGGAGAUUGGUUUUGAAAACCACGAAACGGUGGCCUACGAAUUCAUGUCCCAGGCAUUCUCUCUGUAUGAAGACGAAAUCAGCGAUUCAAAAGCACAGCUGGCUGCCAUCACCUUGAUAAUUGGGACGUUUGAGAGGAUGAAAUGCUUCGGGGAGGAGAACCACGAACCCUUGAGGACGCAGUGUGCGUUGGCGGCUUCCAAAUUGCUGAAGAAGCCGGACCAGUGCCGUGCCGUGAGCACCUGUGCCCAUCUCUUCUGGUCUGGCCGGAACACGGACAAGAACGGAGAGGAGCUUCACGGAGGCAAGAGAGUCAUGGAGUGCUUGAAGAAGGCGCUGAAGAUCGCCAACCAGUGCAUGGACCCCUCUCUCCAAGUGCAGCUCUUCACCGAAAUCCUGAACCGAUACAUCUACUUCUACGAAAAGGAGAACGAGGCGGUGACAAUUCAGGUCUUGAACCAACUCAUACAGAAGAUCCGGGAAGACCUCCCGAACCUCGAAUCGACGGAGGAAACGGAACAGAUUAACAAACACUUUCACAACACACUGGAGCACCUGCGCCUGAGGAGAGAAUCGCCAGAGUCCGAGGGGCCGAUCUACGAAGGGCUGGUCAUCUAAGAGGACGCCCGUGUGCACAUUCUACUACUUGCUCAUCUUUCCUUUUUUUUUUUUUUUUUUUAAAAUACCCUGCUAGAGUUCAUAGAUUGUGCCUUUCGGAAGUGCCAAGGUAGGCUCCCUGUCCACUCUCUCUUCUGUGUGCGUGCGUGACGCGUUGGCUGCUGCACUUCUGAACACUUGCGUCGACUGCUUCUACCAAAUUUUCCAACUCUUUGGACCGGCAGCCCGAUAGAUACCAUCAGAAAAUUAGCAUGACUGAAGACGUCGUUGUUUUUUUUAAAAACCCACAUGUGUAAGGGUGUUCUUUCCUGCCUCCCCUUCUGCAUUCAUAUCUCUCUUCCUGUUACUCUGUUAUCCCAUCCCUGCCUCUCCAUUUGCACCCUCUAAUGUCUAGCCUGGCUUUCCAUCUGCAAGUGUUUAUAGACGUAUGCGUGGUUUAUUUUUACAGAAAAUCCUCAUUUUCUUGUAUGUUGGAUCCUCCUUUUACUCCCCCCCCUUUUUUUAAAUGCCGCUCAAGUUUCUGUCAGAUUUCUCUUCCCCUUCUCCCCCCACCCCGCCCUUAAAUCUAGAAUACAUUAAUGCAUGUUCUUGGAAUCUGAAAGCACCAUGCUAAAAAAAGUCCAGAAGCUAUAUUUUGCAUAUGGGGGCUCUGUGACACCCGGUGAGGGCAAACAAUGUGCACAGGGCCUAUUUAUCGAGAACUCGUGUUUCCACAUAGUAUUAAAAACAAAGGUAAUAGCUAAAUUGUGGUCUGAUAUAGUAUAUGUAUAAUCUUGGUUACUGUAAAAUUAGGGGGAAAUGCAUUGCACCAUUCUGCUCCAUUAUCAUGAAUUUGCACCAAUGAAACAAUAAAGGUUGCUAUUAACAAGUA